GAUAGAAAAAUUAAAAGAAAAGGAAAACACGCCACCAGCAAAUCUCUAAUCGCCGGUGAGUCAAAAUCGAUCACUCGCUUCCCCCAUUCCUUCCCUUCCUCGCUUCUUCUCCACUUCCAAAGAUCUCUUGUCUACCCAAACCCAUUCAUCAAUCCCCUGUAAUUAACAAUCACGACACAGCCUUAUCGCUCCGGAUUUCGUCCGAUCGGCAUCUCUUGGUGGGCGGCGAGUCAGCCGUUGUAGAUCAUGGCCAAGGAAGAGGCGGCACCGCCCCAGGUCGUCGUCGGCGGUGAUGAAUCUGACGUCGUUGAGCUUGUCCUGUAUAAAGUCCCCGAAUGCUACGUCUACCUGAUACCUCCAAGGAAGAGUGCUGGUUCUUACAGGGCUGAUGAAUGGGACGUUAACAAGUGGGCAUGGGAGGGGAUGUUGAAAGUUGUUAGCAAAGGCGAAGAAUGCAUUAUUAGGCUGGAAGAUAAAUCCACAGGUGAGCUAUAUGCAAGGGCAUUCCUUAGGAAAGGGGAGCCUCAUCCUGUUGAAACUGUGAUUGAUAGCAGCAGAUAUUUUGUCCUUCGGAUAGAGGAAAACGUUGGUGGUCGACUUCGACAUGCAUUUAUUGGACUUGGGUUCCGGGAAAGAACAGAAGCAUAUGACUUUCAGGCAGCACUGCAUGACCACAUGAAAUACCUGGACAAGAAGAAAACUGCAGAAGAGAUGGAACAACAUUUUCAGCACACUUCGGGCCUUGACUACAGUUUAAAAGAAGGGGAAACCCUUGUCCUCCAAAUAAAAAAUCCAAAACCCGGUCGUGGGAUCAAGUCCCAGUUUUUUGAGCAAGGUCUGAACAAUCUAUCACUGGAGGAGAAGGGUGCUAGUAAAGAGCCAAUCCUUAGCAUUAGACCUCCCCCACCCCCACCAGGUCCACUUUCGCCAGUAAGGGCCAUGGACAUCACCCCAACAAACUCGCCUCCAAAACUUGAUCUGGACACAAGCACCACUACGAAGGAAGAGGGAAAGGUACUGCAGUCUCAGGGGCAGAUGGGAAGCAUGCAAGAAAACGUUGACGAUGAUUUUGGAGAUUUUCAGGCAGCUGGGUAAGUGGACUGAGAGAUUCAACACCUUUACAAAACAAAAAGUAAGCUGCAGCUUACAAACAUAGAUACCUGGCAUAUAUAGAGUUAUACCUGUGCAAGAACAACUGAUCUACUUCAUAGAAGUUGCAUUCAUUCAUUAGAGUUGGUUUGUAUUCCGGAAAAGUUUCUGCUUCUGCUUCUGAUGCCAUUCCUCCUGAUUUGUUCAUCUUAGUUAUUUGCUAUUACAUAAUCUCGAGCCUCCAUUACUUCCAUGUGUUGUUCUUUGGACAAAUGUACUACUGCUUCCUUGCCCUCAACCCAUAUGUCUUCUCUGCUCGAUCUCUGAUCAUUGCAUCAGUUUUAGUUAACCAAACUUGUUAAUGACAAUAAUGCCGAAGAGAAUAC